UUGUUGCAAUAAUUUCCACCCACAGUGGCUUCACUCAGAACUCUAGCACACAGAAUCGCGCCCUACAACAAAAUGGUGACCUCAAACAACCGUCGCGAAAUUGUCAUCAUCGGUGGCGGUGUCAUCGGAUGCUGCUCGGCAUAUUACCUCACAAGACAUCCCUCCUACGAUCCCUCGCGCCACUCCAUCACCGUCCUCGAAGCUUCAGAAAUCGCAGGAGGGGCAUCAGGAAAAGCAGGAGGUCUUCUGGCAGAAUGGGCAUACCCGGGCAACAUUGUUGGUCUGAGUUACAAGCUGCACAUUGAGCUGGCUAAGGAACAUAAUGGGAAAGACCGUUGGGGUUACAGAGAGGUCAAUUGCGGCCAGCUUAUGAUGAAGGGCCGUCCAUUCGGCGAGAAGGCAAGCGGGGUAGAGGAUGUGGAUCUACAGAAGCGCAGCGCAGGCGCAUUGUCGAAAUUGAAGUCUGCUGGUGUUCCUAAGGAUUUGGAUUGGUUUGUUCCGGAUCUGCUUAGAGCUUAUGAGAGCAUGAGUGGUCCUGGGGAGACUGCUCAGGUACAUCCGUACUUGUUCACGACUUCAAUUGCGAAGCUUGCGGAGGAGAAGGGUGCGAAGAUUUUGUAUGGAGGAGUGACGGACAUUGACUACUCAGAGGGUACUGCCAAGUCAGUCACAUACACGGAGAAGGAGACUGGGGAAUCCAAGACUAUUCCUGCGACAGAUGUGAUUGUUUCUGCAGGUCCGUGGACGAGAUCGGUUCUGCCCAAGGUCCCCAUCUCCGCAACCCGUGCACACAGUGUCGUUGUCCGUCCUACGAGGCCCGUCUCUGAAUACUGCCUCUUCACAGAACUCGAGAUCCCCGAUGAGUCGAAGCGGGGGCGCCCUAUUGUGGCCGCGCCGGAGAUCUACGCUCGUCCUGAUGAAACGGUCUACUGCUGCGGCGACGGUGAUCGUACAGUUCCACUCCCCAAGACGACGGCGGAUGUGGAGGUGGACCCGGAGCGAAUCGAAGAUAUCGUCAAACAGGUGGGCAGCAUCUCUGACGAGCUGCGCGACGGAGAGAUCCGCGCACGGCAGGCUUGCUACCUUCCUAACGUGACUGCGCUUCAGGGAGGUCCUCUCGUUGGUUUAACAGAUGCCAAAGGACUGUAUGUUGCUGCCGGUCACAGCUGUUGGGGUAUCCAGAAUGCUCCAGGAACCGGGAAGGUCAUGAGUGAAUUCGUGUUUGAUGGCAAGGCCAAGAGCGCAAAGAUUGGAUCGCUGGACCCGAGGAACUAUAUGUAAAUGUUAGCAGUAAAAUAGUUAGCGUGUCAAUAUACCAGAUUCCCUGU